UGCGGACGUUCGUCUGGACGUCUCUCCCUUUUCUCGCUCCCCCUCGCAUUCGUUCUCCCUCUCGCUCCACCCAUCUCCUUCUUGGCAGGCUUUUGUCUGCGUCCGCCGAACCCGGAUUUUUCUGGACAACCUCGCAGGUCCAUCUUCAAUUUCUAUGCUGGUCUCGGGCUGGACCGUUGCAGUUCAACAGUGCGGCUGCUGCCUCAGUGGCUUUUCCAGCACGAGUCGCGGCACCUGCCCGCAGCCAUGCUGAAAACUGUGGUAUCCGCCCUCCUCGCGGCCCAUUGCUCUGCGCUGGCCGAGCAGCCGGACCCCAUGGCCCUGCAGCGGGGCGAGGUGAGCUCGAACGGCUCGAUGUACGAGGAGAUGUCUGCCAUGUCGGCGAUGACGAACGCGGCCAGCGCGCUUGAGGCCAAGAUGAGGGCCCAGCUGGAGACGGGCGAGUGCCAGAAGGUGGAGUCGACCAGGAACGACAAGCAGCCGCCUGGCAAGGCCAACGCUGGCAUCUUCAACAGGCCGUGGACCAAGGAGAUGACCAACCUGCGCGAUGGCCAGGAGUGGGGCAUGAAGCCGGCCACCAUGCCGCCGGUGCCUGGCGCGGACGUGAAGAUGGCAUUCCUCUUCUUCGCCAAUGACCGCAUCGACAACGAGGAGAUCUGGCUUCACUGGAUGGACGAGGUGCCAGAGAAGGGCUGGGCAACAUGCGCGCACGUCCCUCCUUGCUUCCCCAUCGUCCUCUUCCUUUCACUCCUGCCGCCCUCUCCCUGGUCCCUCCUCCAGCUGCCCCCCUUCGACGCAAUCGUUUCACACAGCGCAGAGGUUUCGUGAAGGGUUGGUGGCGGAUGUACUAUGCUUUUGCAACGUUGCUGGAGAGCCGAUGUGCCGAACAUCUGUAGCACUGCGGCGCUGAAUCUCAUACUGGACGUCUGCAAGUGUCUGUCAGCGUGCUGCAGGUUUCCAGCCGACCGAGACACCACUGCCCCAACGCGGAGUCGUGACCAGCAGUCAGAGUUGGAUGCGGGAAGAUUAAUUGGG